GAGAAACUAUGAUUUUAGAAAAAGAUCAUUACAGAUAUAAUAAUUCUCCUUCCUUUUUCUCUUUUUCGAUGAUUUAUAGAAGUUAGUUUUACAAUCGGAUCAUGUAUUCUUAGGUUUGUGGAUUUAACGAAGACUCAAGGCUACCAACAAAUUCAGUGUGCUUCAAUCGUGAAAGAUUUUUUCUAAGGAAGCAAAAGGAUCGUAGUAAGGUCUGACAUACGCGUGCUUCACGAUAAAAAACGGUGGAAGUUAGACGAUCAAUUGAAAAAAGCAUAAUUUGCUUGUUAUUAAUGAUAUUACUGAAAAAUCAGUAUACACUGAGGUGUUACGAAAUUAAAUCAAUUUGCAAUUUCUAACCCGGUUUCUGUACGAUAGUUCAAACAGGAACUGAAAAUCAAGAAAACAUCUAAACCACUCUUUGUACUUUGCUAUUUCAUUCUUUUACUUUGCAUAUUUUUAAUUUGGUGGAGUUUACGUUUCGACAAUUUUUGCAUUUGGCUAUUUUAUUUCACUGGACGAAAGAUUGAUUAUAAACAUUACAUGCUGAUAGCGUGUCAAAACGUAAAAUGAAAAUCUAAGCGGCAGUUUAAAUGAUAACUCAAAUGCGGCAUCUCCUUCAUUUCUGGUACAAAGAGGCAAAGUUUGUUGUUAUCAAAUUAUCAAAUAAUAGCAACAGAGAAAGACAUAAUAUACAUUAAUUUUACACUCUAAAUUAACUGUUGAUUUACUCAGUGAACUGUAUUGUUGUGCACACUUCAAUGUUCUUCGAGUCUUUGACUAGUGUCUUUAGACAAAUGUACCAAGAAAUAGCUAGUCCAAAUAAUCAUGGAUGUUGAUUGCACAGUAGUUAGUUUAAAACGAUCUAGUAGUGCACCCAUGAUCAACAAGAUCACUGCAACAAUGUCUGUGACAUCACCUUCUGCUACUACACCAAGGGAUGUUACACCAAAUUUUAACAUAUUCUCAAGUUCACCUCGAACACGACGCUUCAGUACUAGUAGUUCUGGUGCAAUUCCCAGGCUAACUCCACGUGUAAGUCAGUUGAGACAAGAAGAAUGUAUAGAUGUUGCUGGUCGUGAAGCAGCACAUGAAAAAGAAAUACACAGUGCCAUACAGAUCUCUCAGUCAUGGGAAGAUCUUACAAUAGAAGCAGAAGGAUUAUCUUUUAAAGAUUCUGAAUCAGCUUCAUUGCAAUUUAAAAUAGAAUCACGACCAAUUCCAAAACGAGUUUUAGAUCCAUUAAGUAUAAACUUAUCUGUAAAUGGUUCAACUAUGUAUUCAUCGCCAUCUCCAACCAGGUCUGGUUUGAGUCAGAGACAGUGUUAUUCACCUGGUGUUCAUGCAGUCACUUGGAAAAGUAAUUUGUCACCUAGUCCUACUAGAAAAGCUUUUGCUACAAGGCGAAGUCUAAGUCCUAUUGCAAUACGACCAAGUUGUUUAGCUUCGGUUAAGAGAAAAUUUGAAUUAGACGAUUCCGGAAUGGAUCACCAAUUACAACCUCCACUAAAACGUACUUCCGGUCUGUUAACUUCUGCUACAUCUAGGUUGGAUGUGGCAAUAUCUAGUCUACAUCCGGGAACUAUUAAUUCAGUUGGAACUCCAGAAUCUUGUUCAAGUCUUGAUUCCUCUGGUUUUUCCUUUCGACCUGUACAUAGUCCAUCUCCCGGUCCAGGUAUUAUUUCAAUCGUUAACGAUGAUCCUUCUUCCUCUUCAUCUUCGUCUUCAUCUUCCUCGUCUUCUAUUACCUUUUCUUCCUCUACUUCUACUUCCUCGUCUUCUAUCACCUCUUCUUCUAUCGUUACUUCCUUGGAAGGGUCAAAUGUGCAGGUUCAAACUUUUGAAGAGAUACAAAAUAAACAAAUUAUACAAGAAAACCAUAAAUAAGUGGAAGCAUAUAAACAAGUUCUUAAGAAGUCACAUGUAUCAUUGCAAUGAUAAACUUAUUCUUGUGACCAGUAAAAAAUAAUUAUUAUAAUGA